AUGUCUGUCUGCUCUAAUGACCUAAGCUAUGGCAGCCGUUUCUGCCUGCCCGGGUCCUGUGAGUCUUGCACUGACUCCUCCUGGGAGGUGGACAACUGCCCAGAGAGCUGCUGUGAGCCACCCUGCUGCGCCCCCACCUGCUGUGCCCCGGCCUCCUGCCAGACCCUCAUCUGCACCCCCGUGAGCUGUGGGUCCAGCUCCUGCCAAUCAGCCUGCACCAGUUCCUGUGAGCCUUCCUGCUGCCAGCAGUCUAGCUGCCAGCCUGCAUGCUGCACACCAUCCCCCUGCCAGCAGGCCUGCUGUGUGUCUGUCUGUUGCAAGCCUGUCUGCUGUAAGCCUGUCUGCUGUACGCCUCUCUGUUGUAAGCCUGUGUGCUGUAUGCCUGUCUGCUGCAAGCCCGUCUGCUGCAAGCCUGUCUGCUGUGUCCCUGUCUGCUGUGGGGCCAGCCCCUGCCCUGCCCCCUCAUGCUGCCAGCCCUCUACCUGUACAACCUCCUGCUGUAAACCCUCCUCCUGUGUGUCCCUCAUCUGCCAACCUGUGUGCAAGCCCGCCUGCUGUGUGUCCUCCUCCUCCUGCUGUGCCCCUGCCUCCUCUAGCCUGAAACAGAGCUGCUAUUCUGUGUGUAUGCCUGCAUCUAUUGGCCCAGACUUGGGACACCUGAUCCACCCUCACUCCUGA